AUGGUUAUGGAGUGGAUGGAAAGUGAUUUAUGGACCUUGCGUUUAAGACAGAAUCUGUGUCCUUCCUUCCCAAAGAUUGUUGCGAAAUCGAUCCUCAAAGCAGUAAAAGUAUUUGAGGAUAUGGAUGGUCAAGGUCCUGCAGUCCAUACAGAUGUGAAUCCAAACAACAUCCUUGUUUCAAAUGUCGAGACAGAGUCUCCGAUUGUCAAAUUGGCUGACCUUGGCGGUAUGAUCACCUCUAGUACAUUUGAUGCUUUCCGAUUACAAGGCUUAUCCAUCCGGGCUCCUGAGAUAUGGAAGGGAGUAAAACCCACAACUGCUUGUGAUGUAUGGUCCGUUGGUGUCAGUCUGGCGCACUUUCUUGCUACUAGAGCGCUGUUUGGUAAUGUGGAUCAAAAUGCCCGAAUCACGUCAGUCUCUCUUGAGACAAAUCAAGCUGCAUGGGCAAUCGCCAAAAUUAUUCAGCUGAUAGGGCCCCUGUCCCGAGAUGAAAAUCCAAAAUAUACUGAGGAAUUUGAUCUUGCAGAAGCUCUGGUGGACAUGGGGAUAAUCAAAGUUGAAUCUCUACAUAAAGAGUUAACCAAGAUGAAUGUUCCGGAGGACUGCAUUGAGUUUAUCUCGUAUCUCUUGAAUCAAGAUUAUAAGAAACGGCCUACUGCAACGCAGGCGCUGCAACACCCGUGGCUUCGAAGCGUUGAGUCUUGCCCUUUGUCUUCAUCAGAAAACAAAAUAUCUCCCAGGAAUGCUCGUUCGACUUUGUAG